UAUAAACGGUACAUUGAACGAAUGUUCUUUAUUCGCAAUUCAAAUUUCUCUUUGGAGUGAAAAAAAACAUCACUUGUGCCGGUUGAGGGUGUUCCGUAUUCAGAGCGCUUCGCGUCAAGGGCCGAAGCCAAACAAAUGUCUUGACACGUUAUUGUUAAAUCCAGAUGUGAAGAUAUAUCCUAACGCUAGUUUUGCGAUAGCAGUGAAUUCGAGUAAAGUGUUGGUGUCGAUCCGGUAGUUAUUAAGAGAUAACCCUGCAUUUGUGGAUAGAAAAUUUGUGAUAAGGAGAUUAAGAUUGAAUUUAUCGGAGUAGUAAUGUCGAUUAUUCAGAGACUCUAUUCUGGUAGUAUUGUAGAGGCACAUUCGUACAUAAUAUCGCAGGCGUGCUGUGCAAUUAGGGACAUCAUUCAACGCGAUCGGAAUCGCCAACCAUUGUCACCGAAAUUCGAUGGCCUCAAUAACGAGGCGUAUAGAAAUGCGAUUAAAGCAUUUAUCGAGAGGCGAAAAAGUCCGAGUGACUCGAACUUCCUUAUGGCCACAAACAGCCCAGACAAACUUCGCCUCGAUUAUCUCAUCAAGAAAAAUUACGAAAACAGUAAAAAUAAGAACAAUAAUCGACAGGAAAUAAUGAUACCCGGUGUACCAUACGUGCCUCCGCCGGAUAUUGUCGAGAUCGGUUGGGUGGCAGGAACUGAGGAUCGAUACUUGGAACUUAUUUAUGCAGAAUGGAAUAAUACUAGAGUCUCCUUGAGGCGGCAGAUUCACCCAAAAUGUAAGAAUGCUGUGAAGGCAGAUCUUGACGUUCUUCCGGAAAUCCGUCACCCGAACGUUUUACUUCUGAUGGGAAUAACUCAAACUGAAGAGCAUGGUAUCGUUGCAAUUUUCGAACCAGUGGACUGCACUCUUUUCAAUUACAUACACGAGCAGGGUGAACGACUAUCAGUUCAAGGUGUAACAAGAUGUAUUGGAUAUUUGGUAGCUGCCCUCAAACACGCCCACAUGCGUGGUUACAUCCACAGUGCUAUAAGCCCCCACUGUGUCUUCCUCGCAACCACGGGGAUUGUCAAACUUGGAGGUUGGGAAUUAGCCACCAAUAUCAAUGGACCAAAACAGUUUUGCGAUUACGAGGAUCAUCUACGGUCAGAGAUCUACAGGUGGCAGGCACCUGAACUCUUCAGUGGUCAUGAGGUCUCAGCAGCUACCGAUGUUUACAGCCUGGUACUUUUAAUAUGGGAGAUGUGCACGAUGAAUAUACCCUGGAACAACCUGACUAAGACAGAAUUAGAAGAGCAGUACAUGCACUACAAAAAAAGAAUCAUAAUCGACAUCUACGACUUCCCUGCCCUCCUCAACAAUCUACUCGAUGAAGGCCUCCAAGUGGACGUCACCAAACGCACCUUGGACAUGCCGAAGUUAAGCAGAUACCUCCAGAGACUGGACAUGCAGUACGAGGAUGUCGAGCCUAUGUUCAUCGAGCAAAUAACGAAGAAAACACCCAGAACUCCUCCGACUUGUAAAUCACCAGUUGUUACUAAAUGCACAUCAACAGAGCCUCCAAGGCGUAUCACAAGACAAUCCGUGGCUUAUCAAACGAUGGCAAGUGAGAGGAAGCAUCCCCCUGAUUCCACCGAAACUCUAGAUAUGUUGGAUGAAGUGCUUAAAUCCGCAAGUGUUAAAAAUGCAAAUAUCAUCAGCAAACACAUGAGAACUGACCCCAACAAAACUCGAGAUUUAGAAGUCAGGACGACUUCACACACAGCAGAGACCACUGAUUCACGUAAAACAGCCCCUAGCGAUCCCAGAGUAAACAUAAAGAAAUUGAAAGAAACCCUAGCGAGUCAACGAGAGACAUUUUUCUAUGGACCCAACUCCGGCCAUUGCUCCGCCACAGACAGCGGAGAGAACGUAAAAUCGAAAAUGUUAAAACAAAUCAGAAGUAAGGAUUACGAGCCACACAAGCCAGCCAGUCACAAAAUCGCACUAGAUGUGAAAUUGAACAGAUCUCCAAGUCAAUACGAUACCUAUAGGAAAUCUACCAAUACGAAAACACAUAAACCUUAUUCCUGUGUUCCGACUCCCAUCAGAGGUGCUAUAAUACAGCGCCAAGUUUUGAAUCCCGAUUCAAACAGUUUCUUCGCCGCAUCAUUAUGGAGAAAAGAGAAAGAGAUUUGUAUCUCAAAAAUGAACAAAAGUAAUCCAGUAGAAUAUCGGCCUGUCUACUUGCCUAAUGGAACGAUAAACAAAGAGACCAAGUCAUCAUCCGACAGUAAUGAUACUUACAGUCUUAACAAAAGUAAUGAUUCAGAAAAUAAACAGACUUUCACCAUUUCUGAUGUGUCUCAGAACUUGACAGGCAGUACAAUGACCAGAAGUGUAUCCCUUCGAGACCUCCACGAUGCAUUGCACAGAGCAACUGACAUCGUCAAAUCUACAAGUCCAAAAACUUCAACAACUACGCCAGUACCAGUCUCCUUCGCAUCGAAUGAUUCAUCUCCAUUCAGGAGCCCAAAAAGCUUUGGUGAUGAUGUUAUUAAUACAAAGGAAAAUGAGUCAGUGUUCGAGGAGCUUUACAAGUUAAAUGAAAUGUCUGAUGAGGAAAUCCAGAGCAUUGAGAGAUCAGGAAGUGGAGAUAAAUUUGUGGUUAAAUAUAAGGAUGACACAACUAGCGAGGGAGAGGUGAAAGGUAAAGACGAAAGGGACGCAGAUAAAUGCCACAAAUGUACGAGUCCUCAAUGCGUGUCUUCUGAGCUGUCCAAAAAACUCUUUCAUUGCACCUGCAUUUCUGAAAAAUCUAUUGAACAGGAUCAGGCAAACUCAGAGAAGGAUAAGAGUGUACUCCAUCAGCCUGUCACUGCCGGAGAACGACUCGGAGUUUGUAAACCCCUUUCUGCGUGUAAUUCAACGACUGAGAUUAAGGAUGGUGAUAAUGACGAUGAUGCAACACUUGUCAUGUUUCGAAAUAAAUGCAAUGACAAGGAAUACGUCUCCUCCUCGAAGACGAAUUUGGCUAGAAGACGAUCACUGCCAGCUCACCUAGGACAAUUACGAAGCCUGCUUACUAAUCCACUGGGCAGGAUACCUAUUAGAAGGGUUGACCAUCCAGACAAUACAGUUGAAGACAUCUACAUUGACGAUGAGUUCGGAGACAAUCUGGCGGUUAAUAUGGUACUCUUAGAUGAAAAUGAAUCAGCAGACUGCGAAGAAUUCAAUUACGACCUUAUUCAAACCCCUUUUGGGUCUCCUGAGUGCCCUAUAUACUCAAACUCAUUUAUACCUUGAACUCCAAAGCAUAAUUUUCGAAUCUACAAUUAAUUCAUUAUUUUACAGAUAAUCACGAAUCAAUCAUUUAUUAAUCAUUUCAUCACUUCACUGAUUUCCAAUUCCUUUGGAAGAUACAUUAAAAAUUAUUUCUUUUUCACUCGAAAUUCAGCCAAAAUGAGUAGUAUAGCAGUCUAGGCUGCUCGCUAGUUUUAUUUUGAUAAUUUCUCGACCAUUCCCUAGUAGGUGUUCAUGUUGCUCAUUUUUCGACGCACUUCAUAGUUGAUAUGGUACGUCCCACGGACAACGAAACAGUAAAUGAUUUUAAACGUCAUUGGAAAAUUCGCUGCCUCGGGUAAGUCUCUCUCGAAAAUAUUGAUUAUCGAAUCAAUGAGAAUGUGCCGUUAGAAUCGAUAAAAGUGGAGGGACACUGUUCAAUGAGGCUUAUAGAUAAAUGUAUCCGGAUAUUGCUCAUUGCACUCAACUUGGCCAAAAUUCGAGUGGAAAAAUAAUUCCUCAAGUACCACUUAUGAUUUACAACUAAUUGGCUAUUUUCCGCAUUCGUGUCUGGUUAGAAAUAAGUGUGUUAAAUAUUGCCGAAAAAUCUAUUGUGCUGCGCACUCGGGACUUUCGAUUAUAUUUUAUACACUCGUUCCUAAGCAAUAGAGCUAUCGGAAAAUAUUCCCUAAGUUUAUGAUACUAAUGGUAUUGCCAAGUCUUGCUGAAUAUUUAAAGACUGCCAUGACAUCUGUAAUGAAUAAUGUUCUGUCGUGUUUUACAAAUUUAAAGUCAAUGAAGCACAAUUUUUCAAUAGUUUCUUCAUUGCAAUUUUCGAAACGAAUGAUUUUUAUUAUAUGACUCCAAAGUUCAAUGUUUUAUUUUGUUUUCAAUGUGUCCGUACAUAUGCCAUAACAAGUUGUUUCUUGAUUUAUUCGGCCAUUGCUGCACUAUGCUCAGCGUUACAAAAACAACAUGACAGAUUAUUAUUUCGUAUCACAAGAAGAUAUAAAUUUCACUUUUUUAUUUUCCAUUGACUUCUUAAAAAACAGUAUUAAUGAAUAGAUCAAAAUACAGAACAGUGACAUCAUUAUGCAUACACUUGUGAUAUAAAAAGGAAGAAGAAAAUAAAGAUUUUCAAUUCACCAGUAUAAGAAUAA